GGAGCUCUUUUCCUCGAACCCUCUCUUACUUUGAACGGCCUCUUCUUUCUCCAGGAUUUCCUCCCCAGACCCGACCCGACCCCACCUGACUCCGACGUGCACGGCGUUGACGUUCGUCUCGACUACAGCUAGUCAUUGUUGCCCCAGAUCCACUUCGAAUCCUGUUUUCUGGGGGCUCCAACGCCCCCCGCAUCGCGAACGAGGUAGUGGCCAUUGAGCCCUGUCAUCACUGUUUGAACCGUUGGUGAGGCUCAGCCACAGCCUCCGGCGCGCUAUCUGUUGGGAAUACUUGAAGACUGUCACAUAGGGUUGCUGGCGUGCUGCCCCUGUGUCGCGAAGAUGAGAACGGAUGAGCACAACCCGCUCAACCGGCGACAUUCUUCCACUCUACACUAUCAGACCUUCGAUACCCCGCCGCCGAAGUCUCGUGGAAGGCCGAACUCUGGGCAGUCUGGAUCAUCGGGUGACGAUUCGCAGUACCAACCAACCGAUUCUCACCAUGGACCGGGGCACGGAUCACCUCUCCCCAAGAAGCAGAUGGCGGUCCUCGCGAUGAUAUCCCUCUGUGAGCAGACAGCCUUCAAUUCCGUUAGCCCUUAUCUGCCCGAUAUGGCGUCGUCGUUUCCCGAGGUCGAGCCGAAUAUGGUUGGUGUAUACGUCGGAGCAAUCGCCACUUCAUUCGCGAUCGCACAGCUCGUUACCAAUUACUUCUGGGGCUGGUUAUCUGACCGAGUAGGACGGAAGCCGGUCAUCCUGCUGGGUACAAUUCUCACGGCGGCAUGCUUUGUUGCCUUCGGUUUUUGCACAACGCUAUACCAGGCAAUUGUCGUACAGGCUUUGAUGGGUGCCGUCAAUGGCAACCAGGGUUUGGUGUCCACCUGUUUGGGUGAAAUCACUGAUCGAAGCAAUCAGUCGAAGGCGUUCACCUAUCUUCCUGUUCUUUAUGGCAUUGGAGGCAUAACCGGACCGCUCUUGGGAGGCUUGCUCAUUUUCGAGCAAAAUCCUUUCAAUAAAAGCCAGCGCAAUCCCUAUCCGUAUCUCGCCCCGAACCUGCUCUCCGCCGGAAUUCUUGUUAUGGACUUUGUGCUGUCGAUAUUCUUCCUCGAAGAGAGUCUUGAAGACGCGGAUACAAUACCCAAUUUCAAGCAAAGAGUUCGUGCUAUAUUCGCGUGGCUGUGGGAGUGGACUAGCUCUGCAAAGAGCGCGAGCCGGAUGAAACCGCCACAUGCCACCCAUUAUCGCCAUCUUCGUACACAGUCGGACGAGAGCCAGGAUCAUGAUAGUGAAUUAGACUCGGCAUCCGAGGUAUCGGAGACCCGUCCGGCUCACCAUGAGUCCUUGACGCGAAGUGAGAUCUUCAACCGGGAUACUGUCUUGCUCCUCUUGACCUACCUUAUAUUCGCUCUGUGCAACGUCUCAUUCAACUCGCUGUUUCCCAUCUUCUCGCAGGCACCUCCCCCGCAGGGACGUGGCCUGACCCCGUCAGAGAUUGGUCUUGCGCAAGGGUUUUCCGGGUUUGUAACAAUCAUUUUCCAGAUCUGCAUUUUUGGCAGGUUGAGAGACAAAAUGGGAAAUCGUUGGUCUUAUCGGGCUGGUCUUUUCGGGUUUGUUCUCUCCUUUAUCCUUAUGCCUUUUGUUGGGUACAAGAGUGAUGGCACUGGUAGCGGAGUAAGUGGCAAGACUGCGCUCGUGGCCUUCGAGCUGUGCUUUGCGCUGCUGGUCAAGACGGUCGCAUCAGUUGGCGGGUUGACAAGUGCACUUUUACUGAUCACAAACUCUGCUCCGGAUCAUGCUGUCUUGGGAUCCCUCAACGGACUUGCCCAGACACUUUCCGCAGCCGGUCGAGCGGUCGGACCCUUCCUAUCUGGCAGUUUGUUUUCUCUAGCAUCCAGGCUGAAGCACAAGGGGGAAGCCAUGCCCUUCGGCGUGUUCGCCGCCGUAUCGUUUGUCGGAUUCAUCCUGAGUUUCGGGAUCCGAGGCCGCUCCCUGGAGGCCGACGACUGGGAAAGCGACAGCGAUGACAGUGACAAGUCCGACGACGACGAACCCUCCGGCCCAUGA